CGUCUUACUCCCCGAAACCCUCUGCGAGCUGUAACACAGACACAGGCGUGUCUACCAGGCUGGUUCCCCCUUCUGACAAACCCAAUAAGAGUCGGUAGAGAUCUUCACGGAGAUCGACGACAGAAGCUGUUUUAAUGGGCUGGUCCACUGUGUGACAGACUUGGUGCAAACUUUAUGUCUAAGGUCCGGUUGCUCUAGUGUAGGAUAAUCUUACACCAUGGACCCGCCAAAGAAGGUCUGCAUUAUUGGCUCUGGGAACUGGGGUUCUGCUAUUGCCAAGAUUAUAGGGGCCAAUGCAGCUGUGAAUCCCAAAUUUCACACCACCGUCAAUAUGUGGGUGUUUGAGGAAAUAGUCAAUGGGCGAAAGUUAAGUGAUAUAAUAAACACAGAUCACGAGAAUGUCAAGUACCUUCCUGGGUGCAAGCUUCCCGUUAAUGUGCUGGCAGUACCAGACCUUUUGGAGGCUGCAUCUGACAGUGAUGUGUUGGUGUUUGUGGUUCCACAUCAGUUCAUUUUAAAAGUAUGUGAUACCAUCAAAGGCAAAGUCAAAAAGCAGGCCUUUGGGGUGUCUCUUAUUAAGGGAGUGGAUACAAGUACAGAUGGACUGAAGCUGAUCUCUGAGAUCAUCCGUGAGAAACUUGGCAUUGCCAUGGCGGUAUUAAUGGGAGCCAACAUUGCCAAUGAAGUGGCAGAAGAGAAAUUCUGUGAGACCACCAUCGGCUGCAAAAACAAGGAUCACGGUGCUCUUCUGAAGGAGCUAAUGCAAAACCAAAACUUCCGCAUUACGGUGGUCAGUGAGUGUGACGUGGUAGAAAUCUGUGGAGCUCUGAAGAACGUGGUGGCUGUAGGUGCAGGAUUCAGUGACGGUCUGGGCUUUGGAGACAACACCAAAGCAGCGGUGAUCCGGCUGGGCCUCAUGGAGAUGAUAGCCUUCGCCCGCAUCUUCUGCACAGCCGGGACAGUUUCCCCGGUCACCUUUCUUGAGAGCUGUGGGGUGGCUGACCUUAUCACGACCUGCUAUGGUGGCAGGAACCACCGGGUGGCCAAAGCCUUUGUCACAGCUGGGAAGUCUAUUGAGGAGCUGGAAAAGGAGAUGUUGAAUGGACAGACCCUCCAGGGACCAGCAACAGCAGCUGAAGUCCAUCACAUUCUUCAGCACAAAAACUUGCUGGAUAAGUUUCCCUUGUUCACUGCUGUCUACCAGAUCUGCUACCAGGGACACUCAGUAAAACACUUCAUCAGCUACCUACAGAACCAUCCAGAGCACAUGUGAUGCUGAAAUAUAAAGAUUUAAUAAAUUAAUUUUUAAGUUUUUAAUAUUUUUCCACAUUAGAAUUGAAUAGAGAUGAUCGAUAUCCACUUAAAACUCUGAAUUGUGUUCUAAGUGCCUUAACUUGAUGGAAGUGUCUUUCUGACUCCAGAACUUUAUAGAACAUAUAUUGGCCAGGCAUCCCACUUGCUAAAUCCAGCAAUUUCUAUGCAUUUAAAUCUAUGUAUUAUUUUUGAGAAUCCCCCCUCCUGAACUAACCUUGUCACAAUUUUAUGAAUUGAUUAUUGACAUUUUUAAGGCACCAAAUAUUAUCAAUGUAAGUUGAAUUCCAUUCUGGAAUUAUUAUUUUUUUCUUCUCAAACAAAGUGUUUGUGUGCAUCGACAGUUGAAAGGUUUUUUCCAUUAUUUGACGGUAAACAUCAUUUUCAUGUUUUUCA